UUGUGGCAGAGAUGGGAGGGAUUGGCAGAUGGUCUCUUGCACGAACACGACCAUCCGGGUACUCCCAAGCAGCAGGAACCGCUGAAGAAAAAAAGACAAGAAGAGGGCAUCAUGGAUCAGGAGCGUCCGAUGCAGGGUUUUCUCGAGGAAGUCGAUCACGGACACGAAGCCGAUAUCGAGGGCGAAGGAUCUAAAGGCAGACCUCUCAGAUCGGUCCCUAACGAGUACACGCAGUUGAGGUCGACAGGGACGAAAGGUGCAGGAGGAAGCCGCUUAACCCAACAGAAUGGACACCAGCUUGCUCGGUAUCACUCCUUGCCCGAAAUCCAAAUAACGCGAGAGGCGCAAAGCCAGCCUGAAGUUCAGAAGCACGGGUAUUCAGCCGGCGCUUCGCGACCCCAUGGAAAAUCUCGCCAGUCCCGAUGGCAGGUUCUCCGUUCGAUGCUCCUGGCGCCUGACACGGGAAAACGUCACCAUCCUCUAUUGCCAAGCGGUGCGAGGCACAAAGGCCCAACCUCUGCCGCAGGCGAGGAGAUCAAUAUUCAGGACGAGCUACUCUCUGGUCCCCUAGCAGGGCUCAUGUUGAGGAUGUACUUCGAGAGGGACCAACAGGACCAGCGUAGGGUGCCAGUCUUCCUACAUCACCUCAAGAUUCGUGUCAGCGACAGCCUUCAUCCCCUGCACAAUACGCAUGCGGUUUUCCGGAUAGAGUGCGAGUAUGCAAAUGGGGCAUCACGCUGGGUCAUAUAUCGCGAGUUGCGUGAUUUUAUCUCCUUGCACACCCAUUACCGGGUCGCCAAUGCCGUGGCAUGGGGAAAUAGGGUGGAGCUGCCCGAGUUCCCUCGAACCAGCUUGCCAUAUUUCACUUGGUUGAGAAAGGAGGGAAGGGAGAAGGGCUAUGAAGUCACGCGUGCUGACUUUGCUCGCCUUCAGCGCGAGGCGCUGGAGAACUACCUGAUUGGACUCAUACGUACAACGAUGUUCCAUGCCGAAGCUAACCGUCUUUGUCGAUUCUUCGAGAUAUCGACCCUCUCAGUGUCUUUGGCUCAACGAGGUGGAGUGCAAGGAAAAGCAGGCAUUCUCAGGGUGGUUGGGGGUCACACUAGCCGUAAGGCGAAGGGUCACCAUUUCAUCAACUGGAAGACGAGUCACGAUCCGAAAUGGUGGCUUGUGCGGGAUAGCUAUAUGGUGGCGGUGGAUUCGAUUGCAGACAUCGAUAUCUACGAUGUAUUCUUGUUUGAUGCCGACUUCACUAUUGAACGACCAAAGCGGGUGUACCGACAGGGUCUUUCUUUCCUCCAUCUGACGCGUCAAUCUUCGCACUUCGAGGAUGAGCUCGAGGAUUCAGAUGCACACCGUCACACAGAUGGCGAGUCAGACGAGACAGACCUACCACAGACCCGUCCACGUCGCAAGCUAUUCGCGAAAUUACUAAAGUCUCAUGGAAAUGGAAAGGAACCACAUAAAGACGGCGCUAGCAACGGCGAGGAACACCCGGCUGAAUCGACAAACCACCAUCACCUUGACGUGCACGAUGAUCUGACACUUGACCCGUCCAUGAAAAAAGACCCGAGGAUGGUCACGCAACAAGAAAAAAAGAAGAAAGCCGUUAGUCAGCAUACCUUCUAUCUUCAAAAUACCCAGAGGCGUCUGAAAGUCGUGGCACGCAAUGAACGUCAGAUGCAUCAAUGGAUCGCGAGUAUAGAACGCAUGGCUGCCAGAUGUGUCUGGCAGGGCAAGAACCGAUUCGAAAGUUUUGCCCCUAUCCGAUUGAAUGCUGCCGCUCAAUGGCUGGUGGACGGACGAGACUAUUUCUGGAACUUGAGUCGGGCCCUUUUGCUGGCGAAAGAACGCAUAUAUAUUCAGGAUUGGUGGCUCUCGCCAGAGUUGUACAUGCGUCGUCCGAAUAAGGAACAUUAUCGGCUGGAUCAGAUUCUUAGAAAGAAGGCCCGGGAAGGUGUAAAGAUCUACGUGAUCAUUUACCAAGAAGUUUCAAGCAGAACUACGCCAACUGACAGCAAUUAUACCAAACAGCGCCUGAUGGGUUUGCAUCCCAACAUUCUAGUUCAGCGGUCUCCUUCCCACUUUGCGACAGGAAACUUCUACUGGGCUCACCACGAAAAACUAUGUGUGAUUGAUGAAGCAAUUGCGUUUAUGGGAGGGCUUGACAUCUGCUUUGGGCGAUGGGACACAAGUCAGCACAUAAUGAUUGAUCAGGGGAUGCCUGGAGGACAUGGCGAUAACUCGCAAGUCUGGCCUGGUAAAGACUAUAACAAUGGACGAGUCGCAGACUUCUUUGGCUUGAACAAGCCCUUUGAAGACAUGCAUGACCGGAGCAGCGUUCCUCGAAUGCCAUGGCACGACGUGGGGGUGCAAAUCGUGGGCCAACCUGCCAGGGACAUCUGUCGACAUUUUGUUGAGCGCUGGAACUGGCUGCUCCGCGUGAAGGCACAUACUCGCGUAAUGCCAUUCCUGUUGCCUCCACCUGACUUUCAUCUGGAUGAGCUUGAUGCUCAAGGUCUAACUGGGACGUGCGAGGUCCAGAUCUGCCGUUCUUGCGGUCCUUGGUCUAUGGGUAGCCAGAACAAGAUCGAGCUCUCUAUCCAAAAUGCCUACUUGAAAGCAAUCCAGAUGUCUGAACAUUUUAUCUAUAUCGAGAACCAGUUCUUCGUCACCUCAACAACAGUCGACGACGUGAAGAUUGAAAACAAGAUUGGAGAUGCCCUUGUCAGUCGAAUUAUUCAGGCACAUCAAGAAGGAAAGCCGUGGCGAGCUUGCAUUAUGAUCCCUUUAUUACCAGGAUUUGCAUUCCCAAUAGACCAUUCUGAUGCAAGCUCUCUUCGGAUCAUCCUAGAAUGUCAAUACAGGACGAUAUCGAGAGGUCCAGAUUCAAUUUUCGCCAGAUUGCGGCAGGAGGGUAUAGAUCCUGACAAUUAUAUCCACUUCUUCUCCUUGCGAGGUUGGGGAAAAUUCGACUCUGGCAUGUUGACGACAGAACAAGUGUACAUACACGGAAAGCUCAUGCUCGUAGACGAUCGUAUUGCCCUGAUCGGCUCGGCCAAUAUCAACGAGCGCUCUCAACGAGGUGACCGAGACUCUGAACUACUUGCUGUCAUUCGCGACACCGAUAUGAUCGAUGGAAGGAUGGCGGGCAAGCCCUACAGAGUUGGCCGCUUUGUUCACACACUGAGAGUUCGCCUGAUGCGUGAACAUUUGGGAAUUGACGUGGACGCCAUUUACGACGAUGAUCUCAUGGCCAAUGCACCUGUCAGGCCAGCAGAUGAGAUUCCGAAGUGUGAACCUGUCCAAGAACAACAGGAAAAGCCUGAAGAUGGUGCACGACUACACGAUGAUCCCAGUGGUAUUGAGCGAGGGCAUGAGCAUUAUAUUGAUAGUGUGCUUGGACUGAACGAAAACACUUCUCGACUGGGAGUCAAUGCGUCCACUAAGAUUCAGUCCAAGCUGGGGUUCAAAAGCGAGGGGAAGGAUGCCGUCGCAGAGGUCAAUACUGUUCAACCUGGAGGACACCCGUCGGAACAGAAUUGCCCAGUCCAGCGAGGGCCCGCGAUCCCUGCUGUUUCAACGAUAACGGAGACGGGAAUUGCACAGCGCUUUCCAGAGUCUGCAGAGCAUGAUGAUGCUCAUAUCAAGACUGUUGCAGAAAUACCGCCGUCUUCAUCAAACGGACUGCUGGGAAGUGCAAAGAAGGAUGGCGCGCAUGACAUCGAAGGCGCGCGUCGCUCCCACGUGCCGGUACCCGAUCGCGAUGCAAGGCCGAUAAGCGACGCUAUGAUCCCCCGUCAGAGAAGUUUGCCGCUGUCUGCACGCCAAAGCUUGCGAAAACACCUUGACGCUAAAACUGGAGCUUAUACCUGGAAUGUAUCUGUGGACGCGCCCUUUGUUGACCCAGAUGGUUUCACCGACCCGGUAUGCUCUGAGUUCUUUGAGGAUGUGUGGUUGGCCACCGCCGUACAUAACACCGAGAUAUACCGCAAAGUGUUCCGCUGUGUUCCGGACGAUCACGUGUUAACCUGGAAACAGUAUAAAGAAUACUGUGCUUGGCAGGAAAGGCUUGAUCGCCAAUCAAAAGGGGGAGAAGCGGAAGAUUCGAUAGCUGUGAUGCCCUCAGAGGACGGAGUUGAUGUGGAACUUCAAGCGGAGCGAGCUGGGAGUGUUGCACAUUCUGGCGAGCCUGACAACGGGGGAGUCAAUAUUCAGAGCCAACAACCCGACAACAUCCCUCUAUCUCCAACAAACACCAUCUCCACCGAAACCCAUGAAGACAGCGAAAUAGCUACUAAGAUUGACGACACAUCUUCACCACACGCACAUACGACGUCUGCGCAGGGCGAGAAACGGCCUUCUAGGCCAGAUGAACCAUUUGAACAAUGGGAACGUGAUGAAAUGGAAGGGCUGCUGAAGCGUGUCAAAGGACACCUCGUACUGUACCCGACUCGCUUUUUGGAAGGAGAGGAUAUGGCCAAUAAUUUCUUGUUCACUUCUGAUCGCGUCUUCCCAUUGCCUAUUUUUGAUUAAUUCCGCAUUGUGCCCUUGUAACAUAAACUGUAGCACCCAAUCACUGUACACAUGAUACAUCCAAUUUUGGCAAGGACAGUAAUCCGCACACAUGAUUU